UUGAAAAUGAACUUUGGAUGUAUCCCCGUGAGUGGUGAUCGUUACCCAUUUCUCACCGCUAUUUACGGUGAUACAAACCAAAUCAAGCUCAAAUGCACAAAAGAUGGCGAGCGCAUAUUCAUCAACAUUUGAAGACGGACCGCCUGACCAGACAGACAAAACUGAAAGCAGUCGGAAUUUUAGAAAAUCACAAAAUCAAGCGACAACUGGCAUUGGCGGAGCUGGUGAAGGCCCAACAUCCCAGGCAUCCGAUUCAGAUUCAGGCUUUCAUUCCACAACCAAGGAUGUUUACACAGACGCUACCAAAGAUUCAAAGAAAGACAGCGUUAGGGACCUUGAGAGAAAGUUUAGAUAUCUAAAAUUCGAAGACUAUCAAUUUGAUAAUGACGAUCAGUUCCAGUCGGGAUGGAAGAAACUGGCAGGUGUUGUGCCACCCAGUGAGCGAGAUAAACAGUACCUCAAAGCUAAACUUUUCUAUUAUUCCAAGCACAUUGAAGCUGUCGACAUUGAUGAAUAUAUGAAGUGGAAGGAAGAUCCUGUAAACAAGAAUGAAAAAACAGAGAGAGGUGUGGCAACGCCGCAGGUCUGGCAGUUGAGUGGUAAGGGAGACAACUCCUGCAGCCCUGUUGCCACCACUGACGGCUCUAACACGAAGACUGCGCCCGAAUCCGGAACACUGUCGUUCAGUGAAGUGAUUGACUUUAUCCAGAGUGGGAAGACUAUUCCAGGCCUCAAGACUGUAGACGCGAAGCCCACAGAUGCAAAUCCUUCACCAUCAACUAUGAACAGGAAAGCCAAACCAUGGGAGCGCUGACAAACGUCACUGAUAUGGUGAUGGAUGAUGUGGAUGAAUGGCUGAGAGAUGUAUUUUUAUGAUUGACGGAAGAGGAAUAAAAUAUCAGCUCAUAAUGUAUCUGGAUUUAAUUAUUUUAGUUUAUCUUUUAUGAAAAGCAGAUAUGUGAAGAAAUGUUUUGUUAAUUUUUCUGAGGUAGUGCAUUUCCUUUGAUACAUAUUCAAGAGAACGAUUGUGUUUAUCCCCAAAUACAUUGUGGACUGGUAACACGUGACUACUGGUACUGGGUUACCUAUUUCUAUUUGUUCUUCACAUGGUUUUAAUAGAAUUGAACUUAUGUGAUGUUUAAUGGUGAUAUUUCUCUCUUUAAUACACUUUUAAGAAUGUAUGCAAUAAGUUAAUAAUCGGUUUACAUAUAUCUAAGCUGAUAAACAGAAAGUGGUAUCAUUAUCUUCAACUUUUGAUUUUGCAAAAUAAAUAAUAUUGA